AGUUCGGACAAAAGUUGAUGGUGAAUGAAAGUGCAGAAGGACAAGAGCGGAGGGGGGGACUACUUCUGGAAGCCACCGAGAAGAAAGGAUCGACUCGGUGAAAACAACGUAGGAAGAAAAUAAAACAAUACAAACAAAAAGCAGGAACAUUUCUCAUUUUGAUGAGAAAUCUGGAAGAAGAUGAGGACUUGCCUUGCAGUCGUGCUUCUGGGUGCAUCCUUAGUGACGUGCCAGCAACGAGGCCUUUUCCCAGCCAUUCUCAACCUGGCCAGCAACGCCGAGAUCUCCACCAAUGCCACGUGCGGCGAGCUCGGGCCUGAGAUGUACUGCAAGCUGGUGGAACACGUUCCCGGCCGGCGCAUCCGGAACCCACAGUGCCGGAUCUGCGACAGCAACAGCACCAACCCCAAAGCAGAGCAACAUCCCAUCACCCACGCCAUCGAUGGCACCAACAGCUGGUGGCAGAGUCCAAGCAUCAAGAAUGGCCGUCAGUACCACUGGGUCACCAUCACGCUGGAUCUGCGGCAGGUCUUCCAGGUGGCCUAUGUCAUCAUCAAGGCAGCCAACUCACCACGGCCCGGGAACUGGAUCCUGGAGCGCUCUCUGGACGGCAUGCAGUACUAUCCCUGGCAGUACUAUGCCAUCAGCGAUACUGAGUGCCUGACCCGCUAUAACGUCACCCCCCGCAUCGGACCCCCCACCUACAAGAGGGAUGACGAGGUCAUCUGCACCUCCUACUACUCACGCCUGGUCCCACUGGAGCACGGCGAGAUACACACCUCCCUGGUGAAUGGGCGACCCAGUGCCGACGACCUGACCCCUGAACUCCUGGAGUUCACCUCUGCCCGCUACAUCCGCCUGCGCCUACAAAGAAUCCGCACACUCAAUGCCGACCUCAUGACCCUCAGCUACCGCGACCCCAAGGAGGUGGAUCCGAUUGUCACACGGCGGUAUUACUACUCCAUCAAAGAUAUCUCGGUGGGGGGGAUGUGCAUCUGCUAUGGACAUGCCCAGAGCUGCCCGUGGGACCCCGUCACUAAGAAGCUGCAGUGCGUAUGCGAGCACAAUACGUGUGGCGAGAGCUGUAAUGAGUGUUGCCCUGGCUACCACCAGGAACCGUGGCAACCUGGAACUCUCUCCGAUGGAAACACUUGCGAGAAGUGUAACUGUCACAACAAGGCGGAUGACUGCUACUACAACCAGACGGUGGCUGACCGCAGGAUGAGCCUGAACACCCACAGUCACUAUUCUGGGGGCGGGGUCUGUCUCGGUUGCCGGCAAAAUACGGCAGGAGUGAACUGCGAGACCUGUGCCGAUGGCUUCUUCAGACCCCACCUGGUUUCCCCCUAUGAUGACUACCCCUGUGUGGAGUGUCACUGUGAUCCCAGCGGGUCACAGAGUCUCAGCUGUGUCAAGGACGACAACCAAGCCAAGGCUGGACAAGGCCUGUGGCCUGGACAGUGCUUGUGCAGAGAAGGAUUCGCAGGCGAUCGCUGCGACCGCUGCGCCUUCGGGUACAGGGACUUCCCGGCAUGCAGCCGCUGCACCUGCAACUUGGACGGCAGCGUCAACAUCGACCCGUGUGAAGAGUGUGUCUGCAAGGAAAACGUCAUGGGCAUCGACUGCCACGCCUGCAAGUGGGGUUACUACAACCUGCGCGGCAGCAAUCCUGAGGGCUGCACCGAGUGUUUCUGCUUCGGCGUGUCGGACGUGUGCGAGAGCAUCCCGUGGGCCACCACACAGCUGGUGAUCAUGGAGGGAUGGCAUCUUCUGGCUGCGGUCCCCGAGGAGAACAAUCACAUCAACGUCACAGAAGGUGAAGCCCUCCACUUCCUCUCCACCUGGAUUGCUCCCAGUGCAUUCUGGGGAAACAAGCUGACUGCUUAUGGUGGCUUGCUGAACUACACGGUUUCCUACGACGUUCCCGUGAGUGGUAUACAGAAACCUCUCCUGGCUCAAUUUGAUGUCAUCAUCGAGGGGAAUGGGAGGACUCUCCGGCAGGCAGCCACUCAGGAGGUGCUGCUGAUGCCCACCAUGGAGCGGAGCAUCACCAUGGAGGUGCUGCCACAGCACUUUGUGGGCCUCCAGGGGGGCAGAGCUGCCGAGAGGGACGAGCUGAUGACGGUCCUGGAGGAUGUUUCUGGGCUGCGGGUGCGGGGACGCUUCAACGGCAGUACGGAGGGGACCGUGAGACUCGCCACUGUGUCCCUCGACAUAGCUGAUCCAAUCAGCACUAGGCCUCACGCCGCUGGUGACGUAGAACAGUGUGAGUGUCCGUGGGGCUACACCGGGACGUCCUGUGAGGACUGCACCAUUGGAUUUUAUCGUGUGGGGGGGAUCCUGUUUGGCGGCAAUUGCCUGCAGUGUGAAUGCAAUGAUCACUCUUCCCAGUGCGACUCCAACGGCAUCUGUUUGGGCUGUGAUCACAACACCACUGGGCCUCACUGUGAACAGUGCCUGCCUGGUUUCUAUGGAGACCCAUCCCAGGGCACUCCGGACGACUGCCAGAGAUGUGCCUGCCCGCUUACCGUGGUGUCGAACAAUUUCAGCCCCACGUGCCACCUGGGGCAGCCUGGUGAGGUGAUCUGUGACCAGUGCCAGCAGGGCUACACGGGAACCCGCUGUGACAGGUGUGCCAACGGUUACUAUGGAAACCCUUCGGUGCCAGGCCAGGGGUGUCGGCUUUGUGACUGCAACGGCAACGUUGACCCGCUUCAGCCAGGCCACUGUGACCCCGUGAGCGGGGAGUGCCUAAACUGCACGGGCCACACCACGGGCCGGCACUGCGAGCACUGUCAGGAGGGUUACUACGGCGAUGCCAUCGGGGCCAAGGACUGUCAGAUCUGCCGCUGCCAUAGAAACGGGUCCCGUUCCAGCAUCUGUGAUGUGAGGACGGGACAGUGUGACUGCAAGCCCAACACACGGGGAGUGAGCUGUGAGCAGUGUGAGCCGGGGUACUAUGGCCUCCGCCAUGAGCUGGGCUGUGUGCAGUGCAACUGCAGUGAGGCAGGGGCGCUCUCUAGGGAAUGCGACGAGGGAGGCCGGUGCCAGUGUGUCCCAGGAGUGGCCGGGGACAAAUGUGACCACUGCCAGCACGGAUAUUACGGGUUUCGCAAUGGCAGCUGCACAGAAUGUAACUGCGCAUACACCCAUGGAAACUGUCACCAGGAGACGGGUGAGUGCAUCUGUCCCCCCCACACUAUGGGGGAGAAGUGUGAGCAUUGUGAGAAGGACCACUGGGGGCACAACUCGGUGACAGGCUGCAAGCCAUGCUCCUGUCACUUGGAUGGCUCCUCUGGCUCCCAAUGUGACCUCGCCAGCGGUCACUGCCCCUGCAAGGCACAGUUUUCCGGCGAUCGGUGUGACCGCUGUGCCAUGGGCUUCAAGGCCUUCCCAGAAUGCACUGCAUGCAACUGCAACAUCAACGGCACCCAUGAGAAGUACUGUGACCUAGAGCUGGGAGUCUGCAGCUGUGAAGAGCAGGGAAAAUGUGUCUGCAAGGACAAUGUGGGAGGUGCAGGCUGCGACGAGUGCAAGCAGGGCACCUUCGGGCUAUCAGGUGACAGUCCUGCUGGCUGUAGCCCCUGUUUCUGUUUCGGGGUGUCUUCUGACUGCGAGGAACUCGGAGGGCUGCUCAGAGUCCCUGUACCACUGGGAGCUGGGACAGAGAGGCUGCGGUUGGUCAGUCAGAGCAAUCUGACGGGCACCCUGGAAGGGGUCUUCCUGCAAGAUGCAGAAACGAUGAUGGACACCAGCCUGGUCCAAAGUUCCUCACUGGCUGGGCCAUACUACUGGAGACUCCCUGAUCGCUUCCAAGGCAACAAGAUUCUGUCCUAUGGUGGGAUGUUGAGGUAUUCUGCGGCGUUCUUUGCUCUCGAUGGAUCCGGGCUGGCCAACAACGAGCCACAGGUUAUAAUCCGAGGAGGUCGCCUGAAGAAACUGGUUAUCUAUCUGGACCAGGCUGCACCGAGGAAUGGCGUGUGGACCAGCCAAGAGAUCCCACUGACUGAGCACAAAUGGAAAUACUUCAACUCUGUGUCCGAACAAGCCGUCACACACUCGGACUUCAUGUCCGUCUUGAGCAGCAUUGAGAACAUCAUCAUCAAAGCCUCUUACGGCAGCGGGAUGCAGCAGAGCAGGAUAUCAAAUAUCUCCAUGGACACGGCAGUGGAGGUGGAUGAGGUGCCGGCUGGUGGCACACUGGCCCGCCUUGUGGAGGUGUGCGAGUGCCCCAGGGGUUACGCAGGCCUGUCCUGCCAGGAAUGUGCCCCCGGGUAUUUCAGACAGCCCGUAACUGAGCUGAACCUCAGAGGCCAGAGGCCCCUCAUCCAGGCCUGCAUUCCCUGCCAGUGCAACAACCACAGCCUGUCCUGUGACCUGGACACUGGGAAAUGCCAGGGCUGUCAGCACAACACCGUGGGCGACCACUGCAACCUAUGUGCCCCAGGGUAUUAUGGGAAGGUGAACGGCUCCAUCAGCGACUGCUCACUGUGCGCAUGCCCCCGUGGGAACAAAAAUAGUUUCAGCCCUACCUGUGUUCUCGAAGGCGCCGGUGACUUCCGCUGUGAUGCUUGCCAACCAGGAUAUGAAGGACAGUACUGUGAGAGGUGCUCGGUGGGUUACUAUGGCAACCCCUCGGACCCUGACGGCCAGUGCAAGGUGUGCCGUUGCAAUCCAUCUGGUUCGUUGCACUUCCGCUGCGACAGCCAGACGGGACGCUGCGAGUGCAAGCCGGGUGUGCGGGGUGACCAGUGUGAGGAGUGCGACGCGAGGCACGUCCUGCAGGAGGGCCAGUGCAUCUCCUGUGAUGACCAGUGUACAGGUGUGCUGCUAAACGACCUGGAUGCACUGGAACAAUUCCUCCCCUCAAUUAACCUCACCGGAGCCAUUUUAGCACCUUACAGCAAACUUUUCUCACUCGAGAAUGCCACCAGUGACAUCAAGGUUCUGCUUUCCAAGAAGAAGAACACAACCACUUCUUUUAAAACGACCGAUGAGAGUUUGACAGAGCUUUACAAAGAUGUUGACCAGCUGCAGAAAAAGGCCAACCAGCUGUUUGCCAGUGGUGGAGAUCUAGCCCACUCUACUGAACAAAAGCUCACCAAGGGGAAUGAGCUACUGGAAUUCAUUACUAAGAUGCAGUCCUCUGUUCAAGCUCUGGAAAGAACAGCUGGCAGCAUAAAUGAGACAUGGGAUGACGAGUUAGAUACCACUGACAGCUCUGAGCUCAUGGAGCAGAUUUCAGCCAUGCUGGACAUGAUAAGGAACGUGGACUUUGAGAACAGGAACAUCACAGCCUCCAGUGAGUUGAUGUCUGCAACGAACACACUUCAGCAGGUCCUAAAGGCAUUCCAUGGGCCCCAUGAAGCCGCUGAGACACUGGCUAAAACCAUCAAUGCCACGCUGUCUAAGCAUCAUUACCAGCUGCAGGACAUGACGGAACUGUUGACUGAAGCUCAGGCUAAUAACAACCUCACCUUCCAUCUGCUGGAUUGCGCCUCCACCAGGCUGGCUGGCUUCCUGGAUUUGAGGAGGAACGUCAGCAGUGAUCACCAACAUGCUGAGGCAGAACUAGGAGAAGCUCUGACUGUACAAGUCGAUGCCCUCAGUAUGGUGGAUGACAUGGUCAACUCCACGUCUCUGUUAGAAUGGUCCCGGGAUGAGCUGGAAUUGUGGAACCCCAAUCUGAGGAAGCAGGUGGACACCUUGGUGAUGCAGAUGAAGAAGAGGGAGGCCCUGAGUCUGGUGUACAGAGCAGAGGACUAUGCUCAGGAGCUAAGCAGAAAAGCCCAGGCUUUGCAGAGCAACCUUUCAGGUGUUAGGAAUGUCACCUUGAAUGCCACAAACACCGUCCUGACCAACCACAAAAUCCAGUCCGUCACUGAGGAGGCAAGGAGCCUUGCAGAGUCAGCCAACCUGACCGCCUCCGCCGCCCUUAACCUGACCCUGUCAGCUGGGAGGUCUGUGAUGGAAUUGACCUCCUUGGCUGUCCAACACAGCACCAAAAUACUAGAUGAGAGCACCUCACUGAACAGUGAGGCAGCCCGAGCUUCCAGGAACCUAACCCAGGCGAGAAUGAAUCAAGAUGUUGUACUUGAGGGCUUACGCAACAUCAGCGUGCGACUUCCGGAACGUCUGCAAACGCUGAGGGCCGUAGGUGAUGGGACCAGAGAAGAGAUUCAGGGAGCCAAGGAGCACGCUAACAGGGCUAGCACCACACUGUUAUCUACCCUGCGACAGCUGGAAGACUUCAACCAGCUCGUGGAGGAAUGGUCUCUGGUUAUGGCUCGUGCCAACAGCAGUGUGAUGAGCACCAACGAGCUUGUCAGCGACUCAGAAAGGACCGCAAGGGCCGCCGAGGACAAGCUGAGGGAGAUGGAGAAGAGGACAGAAUACCUGUUCGGUCGCCUCAGACCCUUGAAGACCUUGGGGGAGAACUUGAGCAGGAACCUGUCUGAGAUCAGGGAACUGAUCAGCCAGGCGCGCAAGCAAGCCGCUUCGAUCAAAGUAGCAGUGUCAGCGGAUGGAGAUUGCGUGAGGGCCUACAGCCCAGAGGUGUCUUCCAGCAACUUCAACACCCUGUCGAUGACAGUGAAGACGAGUGAACCAGACAACCUGCUCUUCUACAUGGGUAGCAGCUCCAGUGUGGACUUUUUGGCCCUGGAGAUGCGCCGUGGAAAGGUAGCCUUCCUGUGGGAUGCUGGCUCAGGUCAUGCCAAGCUGGAAUACACAGAGAUCACGAUCAAUAACAACAAGUGGCACCAGAUCCAUGCCACCAGGUUUGGAAAGCAAGGGACUCUCAUAGUCCAGGAGCUUAAGUCCAAGCAGAAGCCAGUAAUGAAAACAGGUACAUCUCCCGGAUCUUCCACCGUGAUGGACGUGAACAGUUCCACAAAGAUCUUUGCCGGGGGCCUGAGUGGCCAGAUCAAGAAAUCUCCAGCUGUGAAGCUGACCCAGUUCAAGGGCUGCAUGGGCGAAGUCUCCCUGAAUGGGAAGGACAUCGGCCUCUGGAACUAUGCUGAGCGUCAAGGCCAGUGUCGGGGCUGCUUCAUGAGUCCACAGGGAGAGGAGACUGCCUUCUACUUUGACGGCAGUGGCUACUCUGUAGUGGAGAAGGCUCUACGUUCCACGGCCACUCACAUCGUCAUGCUCUUCAAGACAUUCUCCCCCAAUGGCCUGCUGCUCUACCUGGCCUCCAAUGGCACGAGAGACUUUUUGUCCAUUGAGCUGGUGGAAGGUAAAGUGCGGCUGACCUUUGAACUGGGGUCAGGACCUCUCACCCUCAUCUCCAAAAAUACCUACAACACAGGCAACUGGUACAAAAUUGCCCUACAGAGGAACAAGCAGAAAGGUUACCUGACGGUGAUGGACGCCUACGUCCCUUCGGAGAGAGAGACCCUGGAAGCAGAUUCUCCUGGUACAGCUUCAGACCUGAACCGAUCUGACCGGGACCCCAUCUACAUAGGUGGGCUGCCCCAUUCCAGGCCCAUCAGGAGGCAAGUGGUAGCUCGGUCUUACGUGGGUUGCAUCAAAAACUUGGAAAUAGCCCGGACAAACUUCGACCUGCUGAGAGAUGCAUAUGGGGUCAGGAAAGGCUGCGUUUUAGAGCCCAUUCGCAGCGUGACGGUCCUGAACAGAGGCUUCUUAGAGCUGCCCCCCUUGACAGUGCCCCCCCAGGCUGAAAUUAUGGCCACCUUCUCCACCCGCAAUGACACAGGCAUCAUCCUGGCCAGUUUUGGCCCAGAAGGCAAUCGUAUGCGCAGGCAGGCACACCAGGUGUUCCUGGCCGUCAUGCUGGUGUCUGGCCGACUGGAGGUGCACCUGGCCGCUGGAGAUGCUGGUGGUCCCCAGAAGGUUGUACUGAAGUCCAAUAAUGGGAGCUUCAGUGAUGGGGAAGCGCAUUCUCUGAUCCUACAGCGUAACCGGAGGACGUUGACGGUGUUAGUGGACGAGGACAAAAUGGACACAUUAAAGCUGAGCUCUUUAUCAGAGAAGGGAUCCCUGGCCCUGGGCGGCUUCUACAUUGGGGGGGUUCCCUCAGGAGUGGCUGGGGGUCGCCUCAAGACCACGCAGUCCUUCUACGGCUGCAUCAAGAACAUAGCUCUCAAUAUGGAGCUGCUGGACCUCUCGCGAGCACUAAGGUACGAGAACGUGGACAUGGACAGCUGCCUGCUGGAUGAGCGGCCGAAGCGGCCCGUGCUGCCCGAGGACAGUGAGCUUCAUCCAGAGCCAACUCCCAUGGCCCCCGUCCUGACCCCUGUCGUACCACCAGUGGAGUUCAGUGCCAUAUCCCCAGGCACUGCUAAGUGCGUGGCAGCAGAGCAGAUGGGAAGCAUCACAGGGGCCCACCAGUUCGGGAUCUCCCAGUAUAGUCACAUGAUGUUCAAGAUAAGCCAACAGACUGUGAGGAAGAGCUUCUCCCUUCAGCUAUCUCUGCGCACCUUUGCCUCCAGCGGCCUCCUCUUCUACAUGGCUCACCCCAACCAGGUGGACUAUGCCACCCUCCAGCUGCAGGGGGGGCGCGUCUUCCUCACCUGCGACCUGGGCAAGAGCUCUGCCACAGCCACGUUCUCCAAAGCCAUCAACGAUGGCCAGUGGCACACAGUGAAGGCCGACUUUGGGAAGAAGAACGUGGUGGUCAGCGUGGACGGCAGGAAUUCGGGGCCGGUCCAGGCCAAUGGGAAAGCCAACACCUUGGACGUGCAAGAUGUGCUUUACCUGGGAGGCCUGCCCUCUAACUACACUGCCAAAAACAUCGGCAACGUGACACACAGCAUAGCUGGCUGUGUCAGGGAUGUCACCCUGAAUGGCCAUCCCCUGGACACCCAGAGCCCCAUCCAGGCCUUCGGUGUCACACCUUGCUUCACUCACGCCCAGGAGGGAACCUUUUUCAAUGGAACAGGCUUCGCGGCUUUUGGGAAAGAGGGCUACAAGGUACGCUCAGACCUGGUCGUUGCCCUGGAGUUCCGCACCUCAGAGAUGGAUGGCGUGUUGCUGGGGGUCAGCAGUGCCAAGGUGGACGCUAUAGGCUUGGAAUUCGUCAGUGGGCAGCUGCUCUUCCACGUGAACAAUGGGGCCGGACGUCUCUCGGUGUCGUGGACCCCACGCUACCCCGGAGGCCUCUGCGAUGGGCACUGGCACUCUGUGCUGGCCAAUAAGAACAAGUAUGGCCUGAGUCUGACGGUGGAUGGUACCAUGACCCAGGUGGAUAACCCCCACCCGCAGUCCACCUCCGCGGACACCAACGACCCCAUCUACGUGGGCGGCUUCCCCGAUCAUGUGAAGCAGAACUGCCUGACCAUCAACACGCCGUUCCGUGGCUGCAUGCGCAAACUCCGCCUCAUCAAGGGUCACCUGAAUGACGCCCUUGACUUCAGCUCGGCCUUUGACCUCCGUGGUGUCCUCCCACACUCCUGCCCCGGCCCGGCACUCUGACCUCACUGUGACAAAAUGAGCCUUUAAAAAUGCUCCGUUUUUUAAUUUAAGGAAAGUCUGUUUAUUUGUGCUGAAGUCAAAAGAAAUUACUUAUUCAAUUAAUUUCUGUCUCCAUGUGAACAUUGGUGGUACUUUAAAUGUCCAUGUGAAACCAUUAAGCAGUUUUGAAGGUUUUUGUAUACAUGGUUUAAAAAUAGAACUCAAAACAUUCUGUUUUAUAAGUAUUUCCCAUGAAACAUAGAAUAAUCAAAUAGCCUUCUUCGCUGCUGCAAGCUUGAGCUCAUGAGAGUUUUACUUAUACAAAAAUGUUCUGAGGGCAAAGAGAUAAUCAGAUUGUAGAGGG